CGGAGAAGCAAUACUCUGUUAUCUUUCGAAUCUCCACGUUUCUCUCUCUUCUGCAAAAUUCCGUUUUUCAUUUUCUCUCUCUCUCUCUCUCUCUCUCUCUCUCUCUCUCUCUCUCUUCAAAAGUGAGAAAGCGACCGGAGUUCCGUACUUUGGAUUAGAUGUGUUUCGUCUCGCUGUUUCGUCAGUUUCUUACUACACACCAUUAGUCUUCUCUCUCUCUCUCUGUCUGAAUACGACUUUCCUCUGUUCCCCCAAUUCUUCUUCUUCUUCUUCUUCUCUCUCUCUCUCUCAUCCUCUCACAAUCUCCAUUUUCGAGGCUUGCUUCAUUGAUUCACGAGAGACAAUAAUUCAUUGAUAUUUUUAUUACCUCUCUCGAUCGGUUCGUUGCGUAAAAGCUCAUCUCCUGUUUCUAUUCUGCUCUGUUCCUGGUUUCAGAAUCUGUCUCUUUAUCUACAAUUGGCUCUGUUCUGUUUUGUCUGUCUAAUAUAAGGUUUUAUCCUUUUUUUUUUCUCUUAAACGACAAUUCAUAGUUAUAGUUUCCGAACUUCACUCUCUCUCUUGUCGGAAUCUGGGUUUCUUCUCUCUCUGAUGAUUCAUCAGAUCGGAAGUUUUAUCGCCGUUUGAAGUACUUUCUCUCUCUUAAAUUUCCUUCACCGGAGAGCCAAUCGCCGGGAAAAAAAAUGGGAGGGUUAUUGCAUCUCUUCGAUUUCCAUAACAACAGUUUCUCCCGGAAAGUUUUCUCCCAUCACAAAAGCCGCGACGAAGAUCUGGAAGCUCCUAGGAAUAGUUUCGAGCUUCAAGUCGACAAUUUUCAGACAUACCACAAAGAGAAAGAUAAACCGAUCAUCGAGGAGCUCUCAAAACGUUCCAGCGACAAACAGAAUAAUUCGCCGAGUCUUGUAGCUAAGCUGAUGGGAAUGGACGCACUUCCUUUGGAGUCAACUAAAUCAACGGCUUGGAUCAAUCCUAAAGUGAAUCAGUCUCACGAGAAAAGAGGAGGAAAAAGAAACAAAAAGGGAAGGUUAUCAAUGGAGGCAGAGGAGACUAAUCCACCAAUGCGUAGAGAACAUCCUCAAGAAGAAGAGCUUCAAAGAUUCAGGAGAGAGUUCGAAGCUUGGCAAGCUGAUAAAAGGUUUAAAGAUUGUUCAAGAAUCGUUGAAUCGAGCUGUGUGGCUCGUGAAGAACAAGACAAGGAGAGGCUUUUCACAAGAACAAGGAGCUUUGGCCGAGAUUUCAACUUGAAGUCAGACAAGACAGCUGCUCCUACUAGGAUUGUGGUUUUAAGACCAGGUCUUCAGAGAGUUUAUGAUUACGAAGACUCGUUGACUACUUCUUCAGGGACGACCAUGGAAGGAAGCAGAGGAAGCAGCAUAGAAGAGUUUCUUGAGGAAGUGAAGGAGAGGUUGAAAGGUGAGCUUCAAGGAAGAGCUCUCAAGAGAAGUUCAUCAGUUAGAGGAAGCGGGAUCGAGACUCCUUUCAGCGAAAGACCUUUCCCGAGGUCUGAAUCGAUGAGAUCAUAUGCUGCGAGCGAGGUUCAGUGCAAUGCACCAGACUCUCCUCAAGAGUUUAUAAGCAGAGAUACAAGAAGACUUUUGGCUGAGAGACUUAGGAAUGUUUUGAGGAAAGAGAUGAGUCCUUCAGAUGAUUCUGUGAUCAAAUGUAGUAGCAGUAGCCGAUUGCGACCUACUGUAUCGGAUGCAGAGAGCUUAAGGAAACAAACUGAGGAAAUCAAUGAAGAAGAAGACUCGAGGACAAACAGAAAUGCUCCUAAGAAAGAUUCUUCUCCAUCACCAAGAAAUCUCAAGAGAUCACUAUCUGCUCCUGUCUCAGGGACAUCAUUUGGUAAGCUUCUGUUAGAGGAUCGGCAUGUUUUGACUGGCGCGCAGAUCAUGAGAAAGCACGAGGCUGUAAUAACUGAGCAGGAAGAAACAGAACAAGUUGCUGCUGUGGAUCCGAUCAGGAGGAAAGAAAGAUUCAACCUCAGGAAGAAAGUCUCCAGCUUUAGAUCAACUCUUAGAGGAAGAAUCUUUGGUAAGAAGAUACGUUCAAUGAUCGAAUCAAACAGUUUCGAGGAUGAAUCAAUCAAAGACUUUGUAACGGGUUCGAGGUUUAACAGCUUUUACGAUCGAAAUGAGAAUUCAACAGAAGUGCCUCCAAGCCCUGCAUCAGUCUGCAGCAGUACACCAGAAGAGUUCUGGAGAAAUGUCGAUUAUCUCAGUCAGAUUUCGACACCUGAUGUGACUGUAGCGGAUGAGAACGGUAUGCCUCAAGUCUUCAGAGACAUCAGUUCCAAUCUAAGUGAGCUAAGAAGGCAGAUAAAUGAGCUUGACUCCGACAUACAAGUGCCUACGCCUGUGGAAGAAGAAGCGGCUCGAGAGACUGAGAGCAUUGUUGAUUUAGGAAAUCCAGACAAAGUAUUUGUUAGAGAUCUUCUUGUGGCUUCUGGUUUGUAUGAAGGGAGAACAGAUAGAUCAUUGUCUAGAUGCGAUCCAUUUGCAAAGAUUAUAAACAAGUCUGUUCUUGAAGAGACAAAAGAGAAUCUCAAGAAGAGAAGCAAUCAGAAUCAAGAAGACGAAGAUAUGGAAGAGAGUACUAGAAGUGAAGAUAAUCAUAACAUACUGUUUGAUCUUCUGAACGAAGUACUUACGGUGGUGCUUGGACCAUUGACAACAAAGUCAGGUUUCAAGAAGAAAUUUAUGAGCUCGUGUGUAUCUGAACCAACGGCUAUAAGAGGUAAAUAUCUGUUGGAAUCAGCUUGGAGGAUCAUGUCGGAGUACUUAUAUUCUCAGCCAGAGAGACCCUUUUGUUCAUUGGAUGGGAUCAUUGGUUGGGACUUGGAGAGGUGUCCAUGGAGUGGUUUGAUUGGUGAAGAAGUUAAUGUGUUGGGGAGAGAAGUUGAAGGUAUGAUCAUGGCGGAUCUUGUUGAUGAAGUUGUCAAGGAUCUAAGAACACAAAUGGUCUAAGAUAAGAAGAUAAGAGAGUUAAGAUAUUGAAGCAGAACUGAUUGGUUUGGUUUGGUUUGGUUAAUGUGGAUGGUUUUUUUGGUGAGUUUCUGUAAAUAGGUUUUUUUUUUUAAUGGGGUGUUUUUUUCCUUGAAGAAGAGAGUUUCCAUGGUACCUGUAAAUGUUUACUUGCAGUACAGGGAAGCUAGAUUCUUGUGAUUGCUACAUAAUUACUAUUUUACUAAUAUACUAAAGAGGAGUUUUUAAAUUGUAAUGGUGCACACUCAUAACUGUGAUUUGACAAACAAGUUCUGGAAAGUUCUUAUGUCAACUUCUGAUAGACUUGAGCAAAAGUAGAGGGAAGAUUAGGGUUUGCUUUUUAGUAACGCUUUGGAGAAAACUUGACCUUGAUUUUGCAUUUGGGAGAAGCUCUGGGAAGAAUGAGUACCCAUUGCCAUGGGCGUACCAAGGUUCAGACUAGUUUUCUCAAUUGCAAGACAGAAAGCUCGGUUCCGGCAAGAAUCGAUAGGUCGAGGAGGCCGAGGAGCUUCGGCUGCGUCAUAUAAUCCAGCUCGAACUGGUGGCGAGAGGGCCUUGUAUCAGCUGGAAGAAGUGGGGGCUAGAGUGAAAGCUGAUAGCUUAACCAACUAUGGAUCUUGCGAGUCACUGAUCAACACCGAGUCACCGAGAGAACCGACAGAGAAAACCCUUUUAAGAAUGAGAAACGAUUGGUUAUAGAGAAAAGCAAUCAGUUUACUGAUGACACAGAAGCAACCAACUUGAAUUUCGUCUCAGAAAUCUGCAGAAGAAGGAUUUGUUACGCCGGAGAGAAGAAGAGAGGAGAUAUGUUAA